AUGAGUAUAAGAAGCAGUAUAUCUCCGCUUUUGAGAGGGACAGCAGCACUUUCACAUUUGAGCAAGGGUUCGUUCAGGAUUACACGCUCUUCUUCAUUCACAUCAUCGAUCAAAGUGUCAACACAUCGAUAUCUUUCCACCACCACCAACUUCAAAAUGGCAGCCCAAGACACUCCCUCCGGAAAGGAGGUGCAGAAGGACGACAACGUAAUCACAAACUGGGUCAACCCCUCCGACAAGUCAGGCGAGUUCAAACGCCAGCAGUCCACCUUCCGCUCCUUCAUUUCUUCGUCCCCCGGCUCCGAGUUCCCCCCCGAAGCGGGCCGGUACCACCUCUACGUGAGCUAUGCCUGCCCCUGGGCCAACAGGACGCUCAUUGCCCGCAAGCUCAAGGGGCUGGAGGACAUCAUCUCCUUUAGUGUUGUCCACUGGCAUAUGGGACCGAAAGGGUGGAGGUUUGUGACUGAUGAGGAGGCUGAGCAGGAGGAUGUCAAGGGGGAGGGUGUGGUGCCUCACGAGGGGCGUUUGAGUCAUUUGAGGGAGGUUUACUUUGGGGUGAACCCGGAGUAUGAGGGACGGUUUACGGUGCCGGUGUUGUGGGAUAAGAAGGGGGGGAGGAUUGUGAACAAUGAGAGUAGUGAGAUUUUGAGGAUGUUGAUUAGAAAAAGGGAGCGGCGGUUGCUGACAUCAAGACAGUUUAACGGGCUGAUCGACGAGCCGUUCAAAUCGGUGGAUCUGUAUCCUGAGGAUUUGAGAAGGGAGAUUGACGAAACACACGAGUGGCAAUACGACCUCAUCAACAACGGCGUCUACAAAUCUGGCUUUGCCACCACCCAAGAGGCCUACGAACGCAACGUCAAGGCUCUGUUUGAAGCUCUCGACCGGGCGGAGAAGCAUCUUGCUGACGGGACGGAGGGGCCGUAUUGGUUUGGGGAGCGGCUUACCGAGGUGGAUAUCAGGUUGUUUGUGACUAUUGUCAGGUUUGAUCCUGUGUAUGUCCAGCACUUCAAGUGCAACAUCCGCGACAUCAGGUCCGGCUACCCUGCUAUUCACAAGUGGAUGCGGAAUCUGUACUGGAACAUCCCCGCGUUCAAGGACACGACAAACUUCAACCACAUCAAGUUCCAUUACACGAAAUCGCACACGAAUAUCAACCCGCUGUCGAUUACGCCUUUGGGGCCGGUGCCGGAUAUUUUGCCGAGGUGGGAGGAGGUGCCUGCUGUUAGUUUUAGGGGUUGA